CCCGGGUUCCCUUUGUCAACUUGUGGGCCGAUCACGUUCUCUCCGACUACUGAACCAGGUUAAUGCCAUGAGACAUGAAUGGUAGCUGGUCCGCAGCCGUGCUGUGGCGGCUUCGAAGGGCUGUGCUGUUUCUUCUCUUGACCCACGCGGAGGCGUCCGACUGGGUGGUCGACGCCUGUGAAGGCGAUGCAUUUCCGUUGUUGCAAAUGUCGAGGCACAAUGCCUCCGUCCCCAACGCAACAAUGGCGACCGCAGCGACGCCGAUGCUCCAUACGUCGCCAGCGUUGCGAGCCUUGGGGCACGGCGCUGCUCCUUUACCGCAUCCUUCGGUGAGGUCCCAUGCGUCCGACGAAGCAAGGCCCAACCACUCGGAGGAAGACUCGAAGGGGAACUUUGUUGGCCAGGCAGCUGCGGCCCCGCGGGCCGAGGACUCAACCCUGCCCUUCAAUAGUCAGACUGCUUUUCCCAUGAAUGGAACCAGCCCGGAUGGCAAGAUCAUCACGCGUCGUAUGCGCGAGAAGCAGUUGGGCCGUGAGGCGGUGUCUGCGGCGGCCCUGAUCAUGAUCUUGAUUAGUUUUUCUGUGGGUCUCCAGCUCAUCAUGGUCGAAUUCGUGAUGACCGGCACGUGCGCAAUCCCUCGGAACAUUGCAGGAGUGUUUCUGGCGAUGAUCCUGACCAUUACGGCGGGCCUACGGUCCUUGGUGCGCUUUGUGACCGCGCCUUUGAGGCCUCCCUGCCGCUUCUUUUGGCACUGUUGCUGUAUUUGUUGCUGUUCCUGGAGAAAGGGCAAGGGGUCAGCGCGUCCACCCGUGACGCAAAGUUUGCCAGAGCCUGUGAUGGAGCAGGUGGCGGCCUUCCUGAGCCUGGAUAGCAUGUGUGAGUUGGGGUGUGCCUCCAGAAGCUGCCACGAUGUGGUGAACAGUGAGAGUUGCUACGAGGUGCUGAUGAAUGAGGUGAAGAGCAGCGGCCUUGAUCAGCGUUGGGAGCGCCAUGUCCGCCACAAGGUAACGAUGGGUGAGAGUGAAAGCAGUAGUAGCAGUGCCGAUACUCCCGAGGGCCAGGCGUCAAAGCUAGCCUCCAAAGAGCAAAGCUUUGAGAACUUGCCUGAGGUGCCAAAUCAUUUAGUCAAAGAACUCCGGACCUUCCUCUGCAAACAAGAGCGCAGGAUCAAGGCCAAGGCAGAGGAGAAAGAGGUGAACGAACGCUGGGAUGUCAUUACGGAUGUGGUGCGCUACUGCAUGCUGGUAAUUGGAUGGUUCUGGUUCUCAGCAGAGGUGAUGGACAUGGCAUGCUUGGAGGGUGGCGGACCCUGGCAGGUGGUCAAGGCAGUGUCUUCGCCCUGUCUGUUCAUCUUCAUCUUGGAAUCAGACCGAAACCACUUCUGGUGGCAGGUAGCAGCUGGGAUGGUGGCGGCUGUGCUUCUCCUGGAUCUGCUUUUUAGCUAAGACAGUCAAGGGAAGUCGGCUCAACGGCUCAACCUUGUCCAUUUG